AUGGCUCGCUUCUACUCCAGCUGUCUCACUUACGCCCAAAAACGCCCGAGGACCAAUGCCCCGGCAUUGCUGGAUAGAAUGGGUCUCAACAAGAGCUUGUGGACCGACUUCACGAGUGUGCAGCAGCUUCUGGACCACGUUGUGACCACAAAUCUUCGCACGGGUCUUGCCGGACUGGUUCGGGUGAGCAAGGGCGAAAACUCGGCGGACGGGCCUCUGGUCAUGGACGUCGGUGAGAGCCUUCACUCUACGCUCGGUGACCACGCCACGUCGUUCGUGACUGUCAUACUUCGCGAACUUGGCUGGCCCAAGAACAAAUCGCUGAUUGCCGCUCUGCAGAGCCUGGACGCCAGAGUUGAAACAGCGAGGAACCAAGUCAACGACUCCCUGCCGCUCAACGCCACUGGCGUCGGAGAGAACGCCGCGACUCCAAUCCUGGGCGUAUCCUGGGAGGACGUGAAGGACGACGCCCUGGCGCAUGCCUCCCCCUCGUCCAACGAAUCAACAAACGCAAAGGAUACGGUCGUGAGCAUCCAGGCGGUGGAUGCCCUAAAAUGGGCGAUCACAGCACUAACCACGACAGAUCUGCGAGCCGCGGGCCUUUACUCGCUGCUGCUGAUGCUGGCGCAGGUUAUGAAGUACCCUUACUUGCUGGCGACCAACUACGCCGGCUUUGAAGACGUCACGUUGUGUUUACAGGCCACUGGUGAGCACAUCAGCGUCCAGUUCACCUCAUGGCUGGCGCGUACGCUGGAAGUACGUGCAACAUCGGCCUACCUCGAGAAUAUGGUCGCAGCACUGAACCAUGGCAUGGAAACGAGCACGUGGCUCAAAGAAAGCUUUGCAAUGAACAUCGCCGACUUCCAACAGAAGCUGAUGGUCAAGACGGCAGGGAGCGUCAUCACCGAAGGCUGCACCGCCAGAUCAACGGCAACCCGAAAGGAAGCGAGCUACAGCGACGACUUCGUGGCCAACAUUUUGCUGGCUCGCAAGACGGCCGCACAAACGUGUGUUAGCGCCGACGCUGCCGCUGCUGUCCAGUGGCAGCUAAAAGGGCGUAUCGAGCCCGAUCACGCCGGGGCUUUAGUGGUGCCUACCGUAGCGCUCACUCCAGACAUGUUUCACGCCGAUGCCGGCGAGCCGAGCCUGGACUACUCGACACUGGGCGUGAUGCUGCUCAUCGAGUGGGCGCACGCCGUCAGCGCCCGCAAGCCGGAGCUAAGUGUGCGCCUGAGCGAAUAUGCCCAGUGCGUGCGCAGCGACGCCACGGGCCUGAUCAUGGCUGACAAUGUGAGCGACGCGAGCCUUCGGACAAUGGUGUUCCUUCCCUGGGCCCUGGACCUGGCUCUGGCCGCCGCCGCUACGCAGUGGCGCAAGGGCAACAGAAGAGACCGCAACAAGGACUUGCCUAUUGACGAGGACGCCGCCACCGAGAGGCUCAGGCUGCAGCUCUUCUUCCGGCGCUUCUGCCAGACCACUUGCGGCGAUAAAGAAGCUGCCAAAGUGUGCCUUUAUGGCAUGCUACGAUCGAGCCAGUUUGCCCGCACAUUCCAUUGCAAGUGGCCCGAGAAGGACGUCGACUGUUGCUAUCCGGGAAAUGGCGUCCGUUUGCGAGCAGCGUCUGCAUUGCAGGAGCUCCUUGCGUAGUUUCGUUAUUGAUGUAGGGACUCUGGUCGG